AAAAAUAGCCUAAUCAUCACGAGUUUCUUCUCUUCUGUUGUUUCUCCUCACUCACACUCUCUACUCUGUACCAUUUCCAUCCCACCCUCACCAAUGCUAUCUCUCUACAACCUCCCGGGCACAACCAAUCUCAAACUUCAAUUCCCCUCAACAACCCAUCUCCGCCACUCCACCACCUUCCCCAAAAAAAACCUAACCCAAACCCCCUCAAAAUCCCACAUUACAAAAUCCCUCCUUCAAUGGAACCGCAAACCCCAACUCGCCGGAGAAACACCACGUGUAGUCGUAGUAACAUCCGGAAAAGGCGGAGUUGGUAAAACAACAACAACCGCAAACAUCGGCCUUUCAUUAGCCCGUUUAGGGUUUUCAGUUGUUGCAAUUGACGCUGACGUUGGAUUACGUAAUCUAGAUCUUUUAUUAGGUCUUGAGAAUCGAGUCAAUUAUACUGUCGUUGAAGUUCUCAACGGCGAUUGUCGACUCGAUCAAGCUUUGGUUAGAGAUAAACGUUGGUCUAAUUUUGAAUUACUUUGUAUUUCUAAACCUAGAUCUAAAUUACCUAUUGGAUUUGGUGGAAAAGCUUUAACUUGGUUAGUUGAAGCUUUAAAAGCCCGAGGAGACGGAACUGGUGGAACCGGAAAUGGAAAUGGUUCUGGCUCUGGUUCCAACAGUUCUGUCUGCCCGGACUUUAUCCUGAUCGAUUGCCCUGCGGGAAUUGAUGCGGGGUUUAUAACGGCUAUAACACCGGCUAAUGAGGCGGUUUUAAUUACUACGCCGGAUAUAACUGCUCUUAGGGAUGCUGAUAGAGUAACUGGGUUAUUGGAAUGUGAUGGGAUUAGGGAUAUUAAGAUGAUAGUGAAUAGGGUUAGGACUGAUAUGAUUAAAGGCGAAGAUAUGAUGUCGGUUUUGGAUGUUCAAGAAAUGUUGGGUUUGCCUUUACUUGGUGUUAUACCUGAGGAUAGUGAGGUUAUAAGGAGUACUAAUAGAGGGUAUCCUCUUGUUUUGAAUAAGCCCCCUACUUUGGCUGGUUUGGCUUUUGAACAAGCUGCUUGGAGACUUGUGGAACAGGAUAGUAUGCAAGCUGUUAUGGUUGAGGAAGAGCCUAAAAGAGGUUUUUUCUCAUUUUUUGGUGGAUAAAGUUCAAUUGGGUCAUUUUUGUUCUUUCAUUAUUAGGUGCAAGUUUGUAAUGAAUGGUUUUAUGGUGUUUGAGAAAUGGUUUUUUGAGGUGAAGUUUGUUUUGGUCUGUGUAUAGUUGCAGUUAGUAAAGCUUGUUUUCAUGCGUUAAAUAUGUUCAUUCAUGAUUUAUUGCUUUUAAUUGAUUAGUAUUAUUAUUUUGGUAAUGUAAGGAUUAUUAAUUGUAUAUGUAAACACCUCAGGUGCUGGUUUUGUUGGUAUUAGUAAUACAAUGUUGUAGAUGGCUUACCCUGGUAUUUUA